CAGAUGUUAAUAUAAGUUUAUAUUUGUUCCACUUGUAGUUCUUCUUUGAUCCUCCACAUCAACGAUACUUGACCCAUUUGAACCAUAUUAUUCCAGUGUUUGAUCUCUUUCUGUCUCCGGUGCAAAAGAAUCUCUUCAGUUUUUGCUUCACUCAAAAUGUAGCGGUUUAAUAAUUGUCUUUUUUAAAUUGAGCAAUCACAGCAUUACAGAACAUUGAACUAGAUUAAACAUUACAAGACAUGGGUUGACGUCAUAAACAAAGUCUUUGAAGGAACCCAAAUGCAGAAACAAAGCUAAUACCAGAAUAAAGAUUCAUCUCAACAAAGUGAAACAAAAAACAUUUUUAUUCACCUGCAGAAACAAAAGGGAAGUUCUUAAUCUACUAUAGAUUGUUUGGAUUUUUGUGAACAGUUUCAGUUUGUUUUUAAAUAUUCUAUAUCUUUUGUGUUUGUUAAACUUAGCAAGGCAAAGAAUUAUGUUUAAACAGAUCUCUUCUCUUUUAUUUUCUAAUAUGAUGCAAAAUAUGAUGCUGCUUAAUGAAAAUGUUGCCAGUUAUGGAAAAAUAUCUUCCCACCGGUCAUGUAGCUGUUCCCAAAAUAUUUGUUAAUAACUGUUGCAUGGUUUCAAUUUCCCUGUACACAUAAUUAAAUAGUAAUCUUGGUAAUUUCGUGUUUUGAAAGCACAAUUCUUGCAAACUAUUUACAGAUCAUAUUUGAUAAACAUUUCUAAUUUUUAUGUCUUUCUGAAAUAUGUUUAAUUGUUAGAUAACCAGUACAAUUAUUAUAACAGGGGUUUUAAAAAUAUACUGUGCACAUACCUGCAAUAAAGCCUUUGAAAAACACCAUAAAGAUAUUUUGAAAAGCGGCUCUUUAACCUGCUUUGCAGCAAUGAUUGAUUUAUUGUGAAAAUCCAUCCACAUGAUAGCAUGUUUGGAAAAUCUGUCUGACUUUGUCCAUUUAAAUGCACAUCUCACUGCUGCAUGGAGAGCAGCUCCAUGCAGACUUUUAUGCCAACCGGUUCAAAAGAUGCUUCAUGUGUUCAUCUUCCUCUUUAGCCUCAUCAGAAAUGCGCCUCUUCACUCGUUUCAGUGACGGGACAGGAGCAGCAGCAGCAGAAUGGCAGGAGCUUCAGAGCCCUGUCCUUGUCGUCACUUUAAGAUUCAGAAUGGUUGAAGGGUUUGCGCCCUGCAGAAGCUUCUGCCUGAACGUGUUCAGCCUUAGACCGCCGUCUGAACGUGGCUGACGUCCAGACGGUCAAAUCUCCAUCCCAGCAGGCUGAUCUCUGCUGUGUCCCGGCAAGAGCAGCAGCUCUGUGUCCUCCGGUUGGUGGCAGGACAGGAACAUGUGGUCACGCGGCGGCCAAUGCCAAGCCCAGAGCAGACGAUGAGGGCUGGCAGAGCAGCAGCAGCAGCAGCAGCAGCAGCGCUGCCUCUGAGGAGGAAUUCUUCCGUCCUCCAGCAGAAACAAGCCCUCUAAAAGAGGCAGGACAGAGACAGGAGGGUGUGGGUCUGGAUGUAGCAGAGAUGCGGAAACAAACAACAGGACGCGCCGGCUGAGCCAAGCCUCAGGAUGUCAAAGUGCCUCACCAGAAGAGUGUGUCCGUGAACGCACCGUGACACCGGGGACUCACCGGGAUCCAAAGAUAGUGAAGGUGAAGAGGUGCAACGUGAGAAGCCCCCCCUCCAGGAUGACAAAUUAGUCCUUUUUCAGCGGGGAGUCGAGCAACCAUCAGCAUGAAUGGAUGUGUUGUGUUGUGUUGUGUGAUGUUGUGUACACACGCUUCAGUCCUAAGUCAUCUGUCAGUGCGUAAGUGAGGCUUCGAUGUGAUGUUGUUAUCCAGGAUCAGAUGCUGUCCACAGCCCAGCAGAUGCUGCAGGAUAGCCGCACCAAGAUCGAGCUGAUCCGACUGCAGAUCAUCAAAGUCGCCCAGGCCGGCGCCGGCGGCAGCAGCAAUCAGACCAGCUCCACCCAAGGAGAGACGUCUUCGGAGGGCUUGGAGGCCGUGGACGCCCGUCUGGCAGAGCUGCAGCAGUACAUGCGCAGAGAGUCCGACGCGUCGGUGCUGGCCAAAGAUGCGGUGAAGCAGCUGGAAGGAAUCUCAGCUCUGGACCAGAAGGCGCUGGCGGAAGCUCAGUCUCGGGUGCAGGAGUCCUCUCAGAAGCUGGACCUUCUCCGACUGUCUCUGGAGAACUGGCUGAAGAAGAAGCAGCAGGCGUCAGUUCAGCAGCCCGAGGAGGAGAUCCAACCUUCACAGGAACUGCCAUCGCCCCCCAGCAGCAGGCCCGGGCGUCCUCUCCCAACAUCCUCGUCCACCAUCUCCAUCAGACCUGCAACUCUGACGGGCAAACUGGAAGUUAGACUUUUUGGAUGCAAGGAUUUGCUGAAACCCGUGGCAGACGCUGAGGACGGCUCUGCACUUCCCCUCAAAGCUCAGGUCAGAGCUGUGCUGCGGCUGGAUGGUAGAGCGGUCGGCCGCACCGGCUGGGCGGCUGUCAGCGGGCUGAGCUGGGACCAAAUGUUCUACAUUCAGCUGGAGCGGUCUCGAGAGCUGGAGGUGUGCAUCUACUGGCGGGAUCAGAAGACGAUGUGUGCCGUCAAGUUUCUCCAUCUGGAGGAGAUGAUGGAGAACCCAACUCACAAGCAGGUCUUCAGCCUGGAGCCACAGGGCCUCCUCUUCAUCAAGCUUCAGUUUGUUGACACUGUGGUGGAGCGGCAGCCCAAACUGAGACGUCAGCGAUGCCUCUUCACCAAAGAGCGAGGGAAAAAUUUUCUCCGAGCAGCCCAGAUGAACAUGAAUUUGGCCACGUGGGGUCAUCUGAUGAUGAGCAUCCUCCCUCGCUACACCUCCUUCAACACCUUCAGCUCACAGCUCUCUACGAGCCCUGACCCAGAGGGCAGCAGGACCCCUGAUCCCGCUGAGGAAGACCCCCCCAGCGCCAAAGCCCCAGCAGGAGAGGCUCUGGUGAACAGCCUCACCAACACCCAGGAGCCUCUGGCCCCCCUUAGCCUCGGGUCAGGCGGGACCCCCCCCAGCAUCAUCACUGCAGGACACGAGCCUCCAGAGGUGAAACAGCAGCAGAAACUGGUCUCCACCAGCAUGUCAGAGGGAAGCGCCCCCCCGCCAGCGUCUGCUCUGAAGUUGCAGGUGGAGGAUUUCAGGUUCAUGUCCGUUCUGGGACGUGGACACUUUGGGAAGGUGCUGCUGGCGGAGUUUCAGGAGACACGGACGCUGUUUGCCAUCAAAGCCUUGAAGAAGAGAGACAUAGUGAGGCGUGAUGAGGUGGACAGCCUGAUGAGUGAGAAGAGAAUCUUUGAGAUGAUCAACGCCUCCCGUCAUCCCUUCCUGGUCCACCUCCACGGCUGCUUCCAAACCUGCGACCACGUCUGCUUCGUCAUGGAGUAUCUGCCAGGCGGCGACCUGAUGAUCCACAUCCACUCUGACGUGUUCACGGAGGCGCAGACCAGGUUCUAUUCUGCAUGUGUCCUGCUGGGCCUGGAGUUCCUGCACCAGAACCAGAUCAUCUACCGAGACCUGAAGCUGGACAACCUGCUGAUGGAUGCUGAGGGAUUUGUCAAAAUCACAGACUUCGGUCUUUGCAAAGAAGGAAUGGGUCACGGGGAUCGGACCUCCACUUUCUGUGGGACCCCGGAGUUUCUUGCCCCCGAGGUCCUGACCGAGGACAACUACACCCGAGCUGUGGACUGGUGGGGGAUGGGCGUCCUCAUCUACGAGAUGCUGGUUGGAGAGUCUCCUUUCCCUGGUGAAGAUGAGGAGGAGGUGUUUGACAGCAUCGUCAACGAUGAAGUGCAGUACCCGGAGCUCCUUCCUCCUGACGCCGUCUCCAUCAUGCAGAAGCUGCUGAGGAAGAAUCCGGCAAAGCGUCUGGGAGCUGGAGAGAGGGAUGCCAACGAGGUGAAGGGGGAGGAGUUCUUUCAGCUCCUGGACUGGGACGCCCUCCUGGCGAAGAAGGUAAAGCCCCCGUUUGUGCCGUCAAUCAAGGAGUCCACAGAUGUCAGCAACUUCGACAGCGACUUCACUCGCCUCCAGCCCGUCCUGUCCCCCCCGCCCAAACCCUCCAGCCUCUCUGCGCAGCACCAGAAGGCGUUUGCAGACUUUGACUUCUGCGCCGUGCUCAGGUGAAAGAGGACGACAGCACGCGGUCCCGUCCGUCCACGAUCUACCUCACCGGGAACCGUCAUCUCCACCCUGCAGAUCCCACCACCCAUUCUGUGCUUAGAAGAGACCAGAGGGAAAGACACCCAGGAGCUGAAGCAAAGCUGGACUUCCUCCUGAUCCCUCUCUCAUUCUGCAGAUCAGCUGCUGCAGCAUUCCCACUGUCAAACUGUGACCUGUCGAUCUUUAGAGCCCCCUCCCCUCCUGCAGCCUGACUGGACCUUUCAAACGUCUCCUGACUGUUGAUGAACAGCAGAGGGGGCCAUGCGCUCCACCAUGCGCUCCGUUUUCGGCUCAUUUCUUCUCUAAACGACCCUUUAAAGUUACUUUGUGAUGUGAGCGUCUCCUCAUCGAAGCGCUUCAGCUGCCUUAAGCUAACCGCUAACAUGAAUCUAGAUACAGCUGGAAAAAAAGCUCAUAAUCUCCUGUUUCAUCAUGUAAAGCGGCUUCAAACUGGUUUCACAGUUCAUACAGUCAUGAUGUUUGAAACCAUGACAGUUCAGAAACUUUGAUGCAGAAAUGUAAUCUGAAAAAACACGGAGAGCAGGACAAUGCUGUCAGAAGAUGGGUCAGCGCGGGAAAUUCCCCUCACCAGCAUCGACGGUCGGCUGCAGCUCAAUCUGAGAAAAGCAUGCGGAUGCAAACGCGUGGAGGUGGUAUGAUGAUUAGGGAGACGUUCCUCCAUCCAUCCAUCCAUCCAGAUGUGACGUUGACAUGAACUGUGUCCAGCUAACAGAUCAGGUGAUUCCAGCAGAGACCGUGGAAGCAGAAGAACGGCAUGGAGCUGGACUCUGACAACACAUGAGCUCAGAUCAUGAGGAAAAUCCACUGAAUACGGCCAGCUAUGACCCCCCUCCCAAAAAACAGACAGGGAUGGCGUUCUAUCAAACAUAAAUCGUCUUUAUUCAGUAACAGAAUGUAAACAAAAUCAAAACUCUCCUCAAAAACAAAUCUUUCAAAGAAAACUGAACUUUAAAAAAACUCUUAUCCUGGGUGGAAUAAAUCCCUGAUACCAGAACCUCCUAAAGGCAGUCAUGCACACGAGAGCCAGAAUCCAAAUUCAACUGCAUUUGUUCUGAUCGUUCACAUCUUCAGCUGUGUAGAAAUGAAUGUCUGGGACUGGGCCGCACAGAAAAAAUAAAAUAACUUACAUAA